AUGUCGCAUCAUGUCGCUCGGUUGUCUUACAGAGACAUCUAUGAGCAGUACAGGGGAAGGAACGAUCUCGGCUCAUUUCGAGUGCAUGCCAAGUUCCCGCCGACAGAGUACUUGGAUCCUGCAGAGCGUGAUGUCGAUCCCGACUCGUUUUUCGCGAUGUUUGCGUUUGCGGACUGGCUUCGACUGAGCUUGCUCGCAUCACAAGGUGGUGUUUGGAUAGAUGCAACUUUGUUGCUGACUGCUCCUCUGCAUUUGCUUAUCAAUCAGACUGCCCAAAUCAGCGGGCUCCAUCUGGAGGCGGCACUUCUCGAAGGCUACUUCGUCGCUGCCAAGCCUCAGGACGAUUUCAUGAAGAGCUGGCGAGAUGAGAUGCGCCGCAUUGGCACAAUGUCGGAGCAGCCGUACGACAACUACCUCACAGAACUGAAGACACGCGGCAUCGAACCCCUGAAUGGCCACAUGACUGAGUGCCACUGGCGCGACGAGUCGCCCUUUCACCAGGCUGCCCAUUGGGUACUGCAUCGGGCUGUUGAUGCCGUGAACCUUUUCGUUGGAUACACGAAUUUCUACCUUCACCCGUGUGGCGAGCACUAUUGGAUGUGGUAUUAUCGUAUUUGUGUGGCGUUCAACUCGCUGGUAGCCGCUGAUGGGAGUGACAUUACCAAGACAGGAUCGCGCUUUGGGAUCCACAUGGUUGACUCCGUACAGACGGUGAACUCCAUUGCGGUUUCCAAGGGCUGGAAUACGACCCGGAUCGUGGACUUCCUCAUCACGCAGAGCAGCGCAAGGAUUGACCUGGAGCGAAUCCGUGGCAUCAAGCUGCGCUCCAAAGAGAGGAACCAGCUGGCAGAGCUCGCGUACUGCGAGACAGGGAGCAUUAUCUGUAGGCUUCAAGCUCUCGCCGGAGCAUCCUUCUUCGAA